GUCGCGUCGACCUCCUUGUACACUUUGACAUUGUCACUCUUACUCUGUGGGCAAGACUUGGACGGCUUGUUAUACCCCUCCCCAUCGCCACUCGCUACACGACGACACAGACAUCUUACCACCACAUCUCAUACUCUUGCACACUCACUGCUCGGCGCGUGAUCGACCAAGCCAGCCAGCCAAAAUGUCAUCGGCAGACGCAGAGCGCCGUCGCAUGCUGCUCGAGCUUAAGGCAAAGAAGCAGGCCAAGUCGGCACAACCCCCACCCUCCACUACAACCACAACCAUGACUUCCCCCCUACCCAACCGCGUGCUCGUGCCCGCAAGUUCAUCACCCGCAGCUCCAGCAUCGACCUCAUCGCUAGCCCGUGGAACCACCCUGAUCCAGUCGUCAAACAUUGCACGCAUGGGUAACGGCUCUGGCAGUAACCAGUCGGGCUCGCCAAACUCUGUCCUCGCCGCCUUCUCCUCGCGGGGCAACUACGCCGACACGAAGCCAGCUGCGUCCACCGCCGCCGACUUCUCGCCCUCGUCGCCACCGCCGCUGUCCCGCUUGAAGAAGCGGUACGCCGACGAGUCGCCCACCAAGCCGUCGUCGUCCGUUUCCCCAGAACCACUACGCCCCAAGUCGCUGCCGUCGUCGAGCCGUGCGUCGUCCGGUGGCGUCGUCCGAAAGGGACCGCCGCCACUCGUCGCCGCCGCUAAGAAGCAGCACGACGCGGGCAUCGACGACGAGGUCAGACGCUGGAAGGCUCAGUUUCCUCAUGUGUCGCGCACGAUCAUCGCCCAGGCAUUGUCCCGGCAUAUCGACAACGACCGCGGAGUGGAGAGGGAACUCGAGUCGGCAGAGUGGAAGGCCAAGCAGCUGGCCAACAGGCAAGAGGCAGAAGCUGCGGCCAAGAAGGAGGCCGCUGCAAAGGCAGCGAGCACAAAGGCGACCAUCGCGAACCUGCAGUCUUACAGACACCAGCCUGCCGCUUCGAACGGUGUAUCUCGAUCGUCGUCGGGAACCUCGGCACCUCUAACUCCGGAUUCGCCAUCGCGCCAGGGCAAACGACGAAAGAAUGAGAAGAGUACGAUCUACGCCAAACGUGAGAAGGAGAGGCAGCGCAAGCGCGACCCGGAUGAGGAGGGUGGCGAGUCGGAAGCCGAGGAGGUCUCGGACGACAGCGAGGACGGAUACUGGUCUGGCGAGGAGGGACGGCGACGAAAGAAGCGACGAUCGACCGAGGAAGACGAGGUGGACGUCGAAGGGGCUGCGUUCAAGGCGUUCAACGAGGCCGACGCCGACGCGAUCCGGGGCACCAUUGCGUGCAGCGAGGACCAGGUCAACAAGAUCAUCAGCAUGCGGCCAUACGCGAGCAUCGACGAGCUGCGAUACAAGCUCAACAAGGCGCGUGGCGUUAGUGCCAAGCUCUUUGAGCAGUACGCCGAGAUCAUGGAGGGAUACGUCCAGAUCGACAGCUGCUUGAACAAGUGUGAGACCAUUGCCAAUGACAUUGCCAGUGCGCUGGCGGUGUGGAAGGGCGCAGCCACAGCAAGCGACUCGACGACGGGCACGCCAAGGACAGACGGCCUCAACGACGUCAAGGUGGACGUCGCAAAGGUGUCCGAGCUGCUCGCCAAGGAGACCGACCUGCGGCGACGAACGAUUCUGUCGUCGUACAUCCGUUCCCAGCCCAGCACGCUGAGCGACGGCACCGUCCUCAAGGACUACCAGCUCCUCGGUAUCAACUGGCUCAACCUGCUGUACAAGAGGAAAAUCGGCUGUAUCCUCGCCGACGAGAUGGGUCUCGGCAAGACGAUCCAGGUUAUCGCCUUCAUCGCGCACUUGAAGGAGAUCAAGGGCAACGGCGGCACUGCUGGCCCGCACAUGAUCUUUGUCCCCGCGUCGACGCUUGAGAACUGGACGCGAGAGUUUGAGCGCUUCGCCCCCGGUGUCGACGUCGAGACGUACUACGGUAGCCAGAGCGAGCGCGCCGAGCUGCGCGAGAACCUCAAGCGCAAGUUCCGCGCAGGCAAGCUCGAGGUCGUGCUUGCGUCCUACACCCAGGUGCAGGCCGAGGACGACCUCAGGUUCUUCAGGAAGAAGCUCGAGUUCGAGACGUGUAUCUACGACGAAGCGCACGCGCUCAAGAACUUCCAGACCAAGCGGUACCAGGACUUGCUGUCCAUCAAGCCCAGAUGGCGCCUGCUCCUUACCGGCACGCCGCUGCAGAACAACCUCCAGGAGCUCGUCUCACUUCUCAUGUUCAUCCACAAGGACAUCUUUACCGACGCCGAGCAGUACUUGCGAGCGAUCUUCAAGGUGCAGGCUGCGGGUCACGCCGACCUGCUGUCGCAGCAGCGUGUCUCGCGAGCCCGUACUAUGCUCACUCCGUUCGUCCUUCGCCGAAGGAAAGCCAAUGUCCUCACACUGCCGCCAAAGAUUGAGACGGUCGAGUCGUGCGAGAUGACGCCGGUGCAGGCGCGCCUCUACCGCGACACACUGCGUCGCUCCCGAAAGAUGAUUACGGAGCUUGGCGAGGACGCUCUCGAGGCCAUGGCCGACGCGGAUGAGGAUGGCAAGGCGCCAAAGGGCAAGAAGGCAGCGGCCAAGAUCCAGAGCCGAGCCGGCAACUCUUCAAACAUUCUCAUGGACCUCCGCAAGGCCGCGUCCCAUCCCCUGUUAUUCCGACGACUGUACAACGAGAAGCGAGUUGAGCAGAUCGCCAAGGCCUGUCUGAGCUCGCCCCAGUGGUGUGACUCAAACUACGACUAUGUCGUUGAGGAUCUCGAGAUCAUGAGCGACGCCGAGAUCCACGCCUUUGUGAGCGAGCACGAAGAGCUCGAGAAGUUUGCCCUCGACGCCGAGGCUUUCCUCGAAGGCGGCAAGAUGAAGGCUCUGCAGCAGCUCAUUGUCCGCUGCAAGGCAGAGGGCAAGCGAAUCCUGCUGUUCUCGCAGUUCACCAUGAUCCUGGACAUUAUCCAGGUCGCUCUGAGACACAUGGAGGUGGAGUACAUCCGCCUCGACGGCCAGACUCGUACGGACGAGCGCCAGGGCCUGGUCGACCAGUUCAACGACGACACGGACAUCACCGUCUUCCUGUUGUCGACCAAGGCCGGCGGUGUGGGCAUCAACCUGACUGCGGCGUCGGUGGUCGUCAUCUUUGACCAGGACUUCAACCCCCACAACGACCGUCAGGCUGCCGAUCGCGCGUACCGCAUUGGCCAAGAACGCUCCGUCGAAGUCAUCAAACUCAUCAGCAAGGACUCGAUCGACGAGGACAUCUUGUCUAUCGGCUUGACCAAGCUGCAGCUUGACGACAUGGUCGGCGGCGAGGAUGGCAGCGGCUCUGGCACGGCCACGCCCGGCGGCGCCGGCGACGACAAGACGGCCAAGGAGUUGAAGAAGAGUCUGUUGACGACUCUGCGCAAGAAGUUUGAGGACCAGGGCGACAUCAAGGCGGACGAGGACGCGCAGGCGAUCGACGAGGACACGGUCAUGGAGGAGAUGACGGCGACGCAAGUGAAGAAGGCGCGGGGGUCGCUCGCGGCGGCGAGGUAGGCGGCGGCGUCACCUGUAGUAAUGCCUGCCUGCCUGCCUUACAACCACACACACAUAUACCUGCACACGGGGUAUGCUCACAGCAUGCCCUCCCAUACAACACCCCCCACCACCCACACCAUAGACUGCUACACAUGUCAUACAAUGUCGCAUGCACCUAGG